AUGUUGAACGGGGCUGAUAAAGGACCUUCUCUUCAAGCAUCACCUGUGAAGGUAUCUCCUUCACCUGUGAGAGCUUCAUCUAGUCCUGUACGGGCACCAUCUUCUCCAUUGAAAUCCUCGUUAUCUCCGGCUGGAAAACCCAGGUCACCUCGACGCUGCCAGUUUGCAGCUCCAGUAGAAGAUGGGAAAGAUAAGUGUGGGACAUCAUGGUUAUGCCGCAGAGGCGCGGGUGCUGAAAUCACAGAAGAUUCAGGGUCAGAAUCUCCAGGGCCAAGCGCGCCGCUUCCACAAGGCUGUGAAGAUUCUGCACCACCACCAAAGAACUGCUUUAGAUUAGUCAUGCUAGGAUCGGCCCGGGUAGGAAAGACGUCGUUGGUGUCAAGAUUUCUGGGUACGAAAUUCGAAGAUAGUUACACACCAACCAUAGAAGAUUUUCAUAGGAAGCUGUACCGAAUACGAGGCGAAGUUUAUCAACUGGAUCUUUUGGAUACCUCUGGGAAUCACCCCUUUCCUGCUAUGAGAAGGUUGUCUUUUCUCACCGGUGAUUUAUUUGUCCUGGUAUUCGCAAUGGACUGCCGGGAGUCUUUCGAGGAGGUCAUUCGUCUUAGGGAGCAGAUCCUAGAUACUAAAGCUAGUGCAAGUGGCAGUAGUCGUGGUAAAAAACAGACACCGCGAGUACCUAUGGCUAUAGCUGGCAACAAAUGUGACAGAGAACUAAAGACUGUGCAAGCGGAGGAAGCUGUCUCAUACUGUGCUACUCAGGACACCUCCUGUGUUUUCGUUGAAACUUCUGCUAAAAAGAACUUCCAUGUUGACGAUCUUUUCUAUGAACUGUUUGUUGUAGCGAAUUUACCUUUAGAAAUGGCCCCAAACCAUCACAAACGUGUCAGCACAGCAUUUGGUAGUCCAUGUACCUUGCCGCCGACGAGUAGUCAGAGUAGUAGAAGUAAGAAGUGCACGUUGUCUAUAAAAAGAAGAUUGUCGGACGCAUGCGGUGUGGUGGCGCCCAAUGUCCGAAGACCAAGCAUUCGCACAGAUCUCAUGAUUAUGAGAACCAAAACUUGUGCCAAAGGUGAUGGAGAUAGCGUGACUGGAAGUCCGAAGCUCAAUUUGAAUAGACUUGUACGAUCAAAUGCGCAAAACGACAAACGGUCAUGUACAAUCCAGUGA